GUACCAGAAUCCUCCAGCCUGCGAACAUACGCGACUUUCCUCAAGAUCCUCUCCUCUUCCCCUUUGCCUUACUUCGAUCAGCGUCUUCAAUGGCAUCACGGGAUGAGAAGCCGUCGAAGCCCUGCAGCAGUCGGACCGGGGGUAUUCGAACCCUUUCCGAUCUUAACCGACGGUCCCCUGAUUCUGUUGGCGACCCCGAUGCUCCUCAAGAGUAUUACACCGGUGGUGAGAAGAGUGGGAUGCUUGUCCAAGAUCCUACAAAGGGUAAUGAUGUGGAUUCACUUUUCAAUCACGCUAGGCAAAUGGGAGCUGUGGAAGGCCCUAUUGAUCAUGCCCGUUCAUCAACCUCCAGCAGCUUUACUGGAACUGGUAGGUUACUCACAGGAGAAACUGUCCGUUCUGCACCUGAUCAGCCUGAGAACGUUGUUCACAAUAUUGUAUUCUGGAGUAAUGGUUUUACCGUAAAUGAUAGCCCUUUGAGGAGGUUGGAUGAUCCUGAAAACGCAUCCUUUUUGGAGAGCAUCAGAAAGUCUGAGUGCCCCAGAGAGCUUGAACCUGCAGACAGAAGGUCCUCCGUUCAUGUGAAUUUAAUUAGGAGGAUGGAGGAGUAUCGUGAACCAGAGAAGCCACGUCUUCCAUUUCAAGGUGUAGGAAGAACUCUUGGUGGUGGCGCCCCAGCAAACGAGCCAACUGCUACUCUCACCGAUGUCAAUAGCAGUCCAAGCGCUUCUGCAGGCCCGGUCGUGGAUGACUCGUUGCCAUCAACCUCGAUUCAGCUUCGGUUGGCAGAUGGAACACGCAUGGUAGCUCAUUUCAAUUACCAUCACACAAUCAGCGAUGUUCGUGCUUUCAUCGACGCGUCUAGGCCGGGGGGUGCCAGGAACUAUCAGCUGCAGUUGAUGGGCUUCCCUCCCAAGCUUCUUAGCGACCUGACUCGGACAAUCGAGCAGGCCGGUCUUGCCAAUUCUGUCGUCAUCCAGAAGUUUUAGCAAACUAAGAUAAGCUCUCUAUGCAGUAUUGAAAUGGUUCUCAGAUAGUCUUUCAGUACAUUUGCUGUUAUAAGUUACUGCCUGCAUUUUCAGCAUCAAUCCACCAAAACUGGUCUUUU